UCCGGAGCUCUGGGCUCUGGACUUGCUGAACUCCAGCCUUCAGGACUCCAGCCUGAAACUGGGGGCGGUCCUUGGGGACCGUGAAGAAGGGCGACCCCAGCUCGCCCAGACCAGCCAGCUCGUGUGCCCCUGGCAUGGCGGCGCCGUCCAGGCUCCUGAUCCGCGGGGGUCGCGUGGUCAACGACGACUUCUCGCAGGUGGCCGAUGUGCUGGUGGAGGACGGUGUGGUGCGGGCUCUGGGUCGCGACCUGCUGCCGCCUGGGGGCGCGCCCGCGGGGCUACGGGUCCUCGACGCGGGGGGCAAGCUCGUCCUGCCAGGUGGCAUCGACACGCACACGCACAUGCAGUUCCCCUUUAUGGGCUCAAGGUCCGUGGACGAUUUCCACCAAGGCACCAAGGCUGCUCUGGCAGGAGGCACCACCAUGAUCAUCGAUUUUGCCAUUCCUCAGAAAGGCGGUUCCCUCAUCCAGGCCUUCGAGACCUGGCGAAGCUGGGCUGAUCCCAAAGUCUGCUGCGACUACAGCCUUCACGUGGCAGUGACAUGGUGGAGUGACCAGGUUAAAGAAGAAAUGAAAAUCCUUACCCAAGAGAAAGGUGUGAACUCUUUCAAGAUGUUUAUGGCAUAUAAAGAUCUGUAUAUGUUGAGAGAUGUGGAGAUGUACGCGGCCUUCUCUCAGUGCAAGGAAAUUGGAGCAAUUGCUCAGGUCCACGCGGAAAAUGGAGACCUAAUUGCAGAGGGAGCAAAGAAGAUGCUGGCAUUGGGGAUAACAGGCCCCGAGGGCCAUGAGCUGUGCCGGCCAGAAGCCGUGGAGGCAGAGGCCACACUGAGAGCUAUCACCAUUGCCAGCUCCGUGAACUGCCCUCUCUACAUCGUGCACGUGAUGAGCAAGUCUGCAGCAAAGGUGGUAGCAGACGCAAGGAGAGAUGGGCAGGUAGUCUAUGGAGAACCCAUAGCGGCAAGUCUGGGCACAGAUGGCACUCACUACUGGAAUAAAGAAUGGCACCAUGCAGCCCACCAUGUUAUGGGUCCACCCUUGCGACCAGACCCUGCAACUCCUGACUACCUCAUGAAUCUGUUGGCUAAUGAUGAUCUAACCACAACAGGGACUGACCACUGCACUUUCAACACCUGCCAGAAAGCCCUAGGGAAGGACGAUUUUACUAAGAUUCCCAAUGGGGUAAACGGUGUUGAGGACCGGAUGUCAGUAAUAUGGGAAAAAGGCGUGCAUAGUGGUAAAAUGGACGAAAACCGAUUUGUGGCAGUGACCAGCACAAAUGCAGCUAAAAUCUUUAAUCUCUAUCCAAGAAAAGGAAGAAUAGCUGUAGGAUCAGAUGCUGACAUUGUGAUUUGGGACCCAAAAGCCACAAGGACUAUUUCAGCAAAAACUCAUCAUCAGGCUGUUAACUUCAACAUCUUCGAAGGCAUGGUAUGCCAUGGGGUGCCCCUAGUGACUAUUUCCAGAGGCAAAGUGGUAUAUGAAGCUGGAGUUUUCAGUGUCACAGCAGGAGAUGGGAAGUAUAUUCCUCGAAAACCAUUUGCUGAAUAUAUUUACAAACGGAUCAAACAGCGAGACCAGACUUGCACACCUACCCCUGUGAAGCGUGAACCUUAUAAGGGAGAAGUCAUCACACUGAAAUCAAGAGGGACAAAAGAAGACUCUACAGCUGGGACCAGGAAAUAGACCCACCCCUGAUCUGGGUGCUGUUGUGUUUUCUGGUCCUGCUCCGCCAGAUGCCUAUUUGACAGAGGCUUUGUUGUGAUUUAAGCAUCUCUCUAACUUCACUUCCACUGACUUCAUGAAAUCUAUAUGCUUUGUCAGUUUUGCAAUGUCACUGGGCUCUAAGGUUUUUUAAAUUUGGGAUACAUUUUCAGGUGUUUGCAGAAUAAUCUGCAAAAAGCUUACAUAAAAGGCUGACAUGAUGGAUAGAUGCUUGUGUUAAUUAGAGGCACUCUUUGUUAGAGGACUCGUGUUAUACAUACCCCGUUCGGCAUUGCACAUUUUCACAUUACAAUAACCUGUGUUUUCCUCCAUAAACUCCAUGACCUGAAUAACGAGGCUUUGUGCACUGUGUGCUGUGCUUUCUUUCAUUAGUGAGAGUUGUGAGCCUUUAUUCUAUAGCCACAAGUUUCAGCUUCUUUGUCAUUUCCUGACUAUUGGAAUUAUUCUUGCAAACCAGGAAAAUUGUGUUAAAAAUUCAAAGGAAGAUUAGCAAGAGGAAGAAAUUCUAUCGAAUGCUCUAACAUGCUUUUCACAGCAUUUGCAGGAGCAGGAUUAGAGUUUACUUUGAUGAUAGCAUUUCUUGAAGGUUAGGCUUGAGUUCUGCAUCUGUUUGUUAGAAUGUUACACCGAGUUCCUUUUAUUCUGGGCAAAAUCAAAGUCAGACAAAAAGAUGUUGCUGUUCCCAUCACAGUUAAACGUUGUCAGCCAUGGAGAAGCAGGCCUUACUUCAAUUCCCCAAGAUCCUUUUGAAAAAUAAUCGCUCCAGGCCUCUUUGAUUUCCUUUCAGAAGCAAUUGCUGUCGUUCUCACUGUGACUUUGCGGCUGUGUGAGAUUGAGGAUAUAAAUGAAUAUUAUUGUGAUGGAAAGUCUUUGUGAAAAUUCAUUGAUGAUACUUUAAAAUGUCAUUUUUGCUUGU